AUGAGCUGGGUAAAGGUGACCAACGGACAGAUUCCCCCCAACGCGCUGGUGGCCGGCUACGAGGCCGACGGGACGGCGCUCUACGUGGCGCGCGCCGAGCACGAGGGUGGUCAGCACCCGGGCAAGACCUCCAAGCCGCUCGGGGCCAUCCACUUCGGCUGGGGUGGCAAGGAGGUGACCAAGAGCGACUACGAAGUGCUCUGCUGCAACCCGCGCCAGCUCGCCUGCGUGCACUGGGUGAAGUUGGAGCGGGGACAGCAGAUGCCCGAGAAGGCGUGGAUCGGCGGCAAGGAGCGUGACGGCCACGGCCUGUGCAUCGCCCGCGGCAAGGUCCACGGCGGCGUCCACGUCGGCAAGGCCGGGAACCACCUGAGGGACGGGAUGAUGUUGUCGUACGGUGGCGAGGAGCACACCGUCGCGCCGUACGAGGUCCUCACGUUCGAGGAUCGGCUGGCCUAA